AUGUAUCCCCUAUCAUAUAUGCCCUAUGCUUUUAAUCAUCAAUCAAAAAAGAAUUUUAUAAAUAAUUAUGGAUAUAUACAAAAUCAAAAUCGAUAUGAAAAACCAAUAGAAAAAAAAUAUAUUAAAUCGUCCAAUUUAUUUCCAAAUUAUAAAUUAAAUCGAAAUCGAUCUAUUUUUGCAUCAUCAAAUAAUAUAUCAAUUUUAAAUAAUGCAACAAUACCACGAAAUAUUGAAAGAUCUUCAAGAAAACGUACACUUCGUUCACCUAAACCAAUUGGUUCUAAUAAGACUCAAUAUUAUUCUCAACGAGCGACUUCACAAAAUCAAACAGUUAAACGUUUUGCACCAUUGUCUAAUUCACAGUCAGUCGGUUUUCUAGAAAGUCGUAUUAGAAACGAACGAAGAUCUCAUACAAUGGCUCCAUUAUCAAGAAUCUUAGGACCCUGUGCAACUCCAAAAGCUAAAUUAUUUGCUACUACUAUUGCACCUACAGAUGCUCAAACAAUUAAAUCAAAUCAGAUAAAACAAGAUGAUAUAUCAGAUAUACAAUCAAUAUAUAAUACGAAAUCAGAUGUAGAUUUUAUUGAUAAUUAUUAUGAUGAUGAUGAUAAUGGUCCACCAAUUAUUGUUAAAGUUCAAUAUGAUCCUCAAAAUGAUCCUCCACCAGAUGAAGAUUUUAUUCGACAAGCUGUCAAUGAUCAAUUAGAUCAACUACCUAACAACAUUAAUCAUCAAGAGCCAAUUGUUUUUAACUUCAUUGGACGAAAUAUUAAACCAGACUUGUCUGUUAGAGUACAACAACAACAACAACAACAACACGACCAACAAGAACAACAUCUUAAUCAACAAAUUUUUAAUGAAACAAGUCAAUCUAUUGAACAACGUCCAUCUCUUCGAAUUCCUAUUUUAUCCGAAGAAAAACACGAAGAAAUUCAUAAAAGAAAUGUUUUUCUUCCAUCGAAUGUUGUCCAAUCAUCUAAGAUAGAGCCCUCAACGUCUUCUAUCUAUCAUCGAUCCCAUUCAUAUCUAAAGAAUGAUAAUAAAAAUUCAGUAGAAUAUUCAAAAUCAAUAAUAAAUCAUCAAGAUGUUCAAUCUAAUAAAAUGCAACAAAUACCUUAUAAAAAUCUAAUAUCAUCCCAAGAUAAUAAUCAAUUUUAUAGAAAAGAAUUUGAUAAUUCAAAAAGAAAGAAUAGAAAAAUGGCAGGUUAUCAACCAGUAAUAAAUGAACAAGAUAUACUUUCAAGACUAUCCUAUUCAAGUCCUCUUUCAAAUGAAAUCUAUCGACCAUCGGCACUUACAGAUACACCUGAAUUAAGCCGAGAAAAUUUACUUAAUAUGCUUAAUCAAAUUCCUGAUUUACAAGGUCGUCGAUUUAAUAUUGAAUAUGCUGCAGGUGGUGCACCUCAAGGUUAUCCAAUUCCAGUUCAUUUAGCUUCUGCUGCUACUUCUUAUCCUGAACCAGUUUAUACUGAUAGAUUACCAAAUGAUAUUCUUCAACAUAUAAGAAGUAGUAAUAAUACGGCUCUAACAGCUGCAUUAGAAGCAACUAUUCAACGAGAUCAAUAUAUACAAUCAUCAGGCUUAUCUCAACCAGCUCCUUCAACAGUAUAUUAUCAACCACCAACUGUUAUGCAAUAUCCAGCACAACCUAAUCAACAGGUUCAACAAUCUCGACCAUUGUCAUCAAAAGCUUCUAAUACAAAUACUGAACGAUCGUCAUCUCGUUCAUCAUAUUCAUCAUCAAGUGAAGAAACUGAUUGUGAAGAACUUCAAAAUAUUUCAUCACCAAUGAAUUCUAUUCCAACAGUUGGACCAUAUUCAGCAAAUUCAUUUACUCAAACACAAUAUCGCAAUAAUUAA